GGCGAACGAGGAGCCGAUGCGCAGGCGCAGUGGCCCGGCGGUAGGCAGUGUGUUUCCAAAAUGGCGGCAGCGAUGGAUGUGGAUACCCCCAGUGGCACCAACAGCGGAGCGGGCAAGAAGCGCUUUGAAGUGAAAAAGUGGAACGCAGUAGCCCUCUGGGCCUGGGAUAUCGUGGUUGAUAACUGUGCCAUCUGCAGGAACCACAUUAUGGAUCUUUGCAUUGAAUGUCAGGCCAACCAAGCAUCUGCUACUUCCGAAGAGUGUACUGUUGCGUGGGGCGUCUGUAAUCAUGCCUUUCAUUUCCACUGCAUCUCCCGAUGGCUCAAAACGAGGCAGGUGUGUCCGUUGGACAACAGAGAGUGGGAAUUCCAAAAGUAUGGGCACUAGAAAAGACUCUCCCUAAAGCUUACCUGUUUGUUACUCGUGUGGUGACUUGCCUUCCUGUUAAUUAUAAAUUAGAUAGAGCCGUGGUUUUUUUCUUUCCUUUGUCUUGGGAGUUUGCUGUUUCCACAGCCAUAUUGUAUGUUGUGUCAAAUAAAGUUGUUAAGUUGGAGAA